AUGGGUUCAGACUCGAGUACGACAUUCCAGUGGUUCCAGAAUCUGGAAACUGUUGCGACCGUAUACACUUGGGGCUCCAUUUGUAUUGCCUACCUCAGAUUCCGUGCCGCUAUUCAAUCCCAACAUGUUGACAGAUCCUCUCUACCUUUGAGCUUCCCACUACAGCCAUACUCAACAUACUUUACUCUGGGAUAUCUGUGCAUCAUCACCUUCUUCAAUGGUUUUGAUUACAUUGCCGGUGGAUGGAGUACACCCGGGUUUAUCACAUCCUACAUUGGAUUCCCUCUUUUCUUCGGGUUCAUUUUGUUUUGGAAGCUCUUCAAGAAAACGAAAUGGAUCCGAUCGGAAGACGCAGAUCUUUUCACCGGGAAGGCUGAGCUUGAUGCAGUCGAAUGGCGUCAGAAAAAAGCCAGAAAUUUUCUAGAGGCAAUGUGGCUUCGCUUCAUUUGA